AUGCUUGGAUGCGCACCUGAGGUGCAAACCGCAGGGCCCGACACUGCGGGCACCCGAACCCUGCAUUACCGGGCAGACUUUGAUGCCACAUUCACGGCAGCCAAUGACCAGGUGACCGCCUCAAUCUCAAUCCGGCAGAAGAACGGCCAGCUCAAAUCUCUAAACUUCAAAGCGCCGCAAGCCGCAUACCAACUGGUCUCCGCGGAUGGACAGGCGAAACGCGACAACGAUCGCCUGAUCUGGCAGGUACCGCGAGAGGGCGGAACCUUUCGGUACACCUACCGUAUCGACAGUCCGCGAGGAGAUAGCUUUGAUGCCAAACAUACGCCUACCUGGACCCUGCUGAGACUUGGCGACCUGUUUCCCCGCGCGAACGCGCGCUUACGCAAGGGCGCUGUGAGCAAAUCCAGCGUCUUCAUGCAGGGGCCCCAGGACUGGUCGUUUGAAAGCCGCUACGGAUCUCUACAUGCAGAACGAAAAAUUCUCGACCAUACCGAUCGCGGAUUCAACCGCCCUACCGGAUGGCUGCUGGGUGGCAAAUUAGGCACGCGCCGGGAUGUCAUCGCGGGCCACAACUUUGUUGUCAGCGCACCCAUCGACGGCGGCAUGCAGCGGAUGGACGUGCUGGCCUUCCUGAACUGGACGGUGCCCACGCUUAACGACAUUCUGCCCAAGCUCCCACCACAUGUACUUAUUGUUGGCGCACCUGAGGUCAUGUGGCGGGGCGGCCUAUCCGCGCCAAACUCAGUGUACCUGCAUGUCGGCCGGCCACUGGUCAGUGAAAACGGCACAUCAACCCUCCUGCAUGAACUGGUGCAUAUGGCGGGCGUACAUUCCGCUGUACCGGGUGCAGACUGGAUUGUCGAAGGACUGGCUGAGUAUUACGCCAUUCUGGUAAUGCAGCGCAGUGGCGGUUUGAGCCCUGCGCGAUUUCAGGCAACUAUCGACGACCUGCAGGAUUGGGCAAAUAAAGACCGAGGCCAUCUGGCCGACCCGUCAAGCGGAGCAAAUACAGCUGCUGCGGUUCUACUUCUGCAUGACCUGGCCAAUGAGCUGAGUGCGGCCGGCGCGCAGAUGGAUACGACAGUUAGUAUGUAUACCCUGUAUAUCGGCAACAAAAACUAUUCUUCCUGGUCGCUGCGACCCUGGGCUCUGCUGACGGCAUUGGAGAUUCCCUUCGAGGAAAUCCUCAUACCCUUCGACGAUGGCGGUAGCUGGCAGAAAUUUCGCAGUUUCUCGCCAACCGGCUUAGUACCCUGUCUGCACGAUGGCGAUAUCGUUGUCUGGGAGUCGCUCAGCAUUGUCGAAUAUAUUGCCGAAGCUCACCCACAGGCCUGGCCAACAGAUCCUGUUGUGCGCGCGUGGGCGCGCAGUGCUACAGCAGAAAUGCACGCUGGCUUUAACAACUUACGUAACGAAUGCGCCAUGACUGUAGGCCUGCGGAUUCAACUGCACCAACAGUCGGAGGGUCUAGGCGCCGACCUCAAGCGACUUGCUGAGCUGUGGCAGCAGGGAUUGCAGAAUUUCGGCGGCCCUUAUCUCGCCGGUGAAAACUUCACAGCAGUUGAUGCAUUUUAUGCACCCGUGGUUUUUCGCAUACAAACCUACGGCCUCAAACUACCGGCUGCUGCGCAAAACUAUGUGCAGCACAUGCUGGCGCAGCCCGUCAUGCAGAAAUGGACCAAAGAUGCCUUGCAGGAGCCUUAUCGGGAACCCAGCCACGAAGAAGAAAUUGCCGCGUGCGGGCACUGGUUACAGGAUCUGCGCGCACCAUUAAAGGCCCGGUGGUCUGAGGCUGCCUCGUUACCCCUGCAAAUUCAGGAGCUGUACCCCUGCGUUCAUCAGGGCGAGCUGUAUGUCGCCGGCGGCAUCGCGGCACGCAUGGGGGUACCUUAUUUCACCAACCGCUGUUUUGCUUAUAACCCACAAAGCAAUAGCUGGAGAGAACUGCCUGAACUACCCGAAAAUCUGCACCACGCAGCACUGGUCAGCAACGGCCGAGAUCUGUUCUGCGUCGGUGGAUUUGCAGGCAGCUAUACCCGAGUUUGGGCAAUGCAGGAUGCAGUGUACAAACUCACCGCCGAUGGUUGGCAGCUGAUCAAUCGCCUUCCUUCACCACAGGCGGAAGGUGUGAUUGCCCAUCACCCGGAUGGCAACAUUCAUCUGGUGACCGGCCAGAACCCAAAAGGUGCGGAUAAUGCCCAGCGCAGUGAUCACACCGAAACCCACAACCACUGGGUCUGGGACACGGUAUCUGACCAGUGGCGUGACGCUGAACAGAUCCCCACAGCUCGCAACAGCGCAACAGGCGGCUGGCUGGGCAAUCAAUUAGUGGUUACCGGCGGACGCACCGCCCAGGGUAACCUCAAUGUGACGGAAAUCUAUGAUCUACAAGGUGAUCACUGGCACAGUGGUGCACCGCUACCCCUGCCCCAGGCAGGCACAGCCAGCGUAGUUGUUGAUGAAGGUUUGCUGGUCUUUGGCGGUGAAAUAUUCACGCCCGAAGCCAAGGUGUUUGCCAACGUCUGGCUCUACAAUCUGCACGAAGAUCGUUGGCAUCCAGUUGCUGAUCUACCGACACCAAGACACGGCCUGGGUGCAGGCCUGAUAGGACAGAAAAUAUACGUUAUCGGCGGCGCGACUGCGCCCGGCGGCAGCGGUACCAGUGAUCUGAACGAAGUCCUCACACUCCAGCACAAGUGUGAGAUUGAUUCACCUGCGAAAAUCGAAAUGGGCACGCUGGCUGUACAUUUACUGAGAUCGCCAACCGAUGUGGCUACGCGUUUCGAAUACCCACAUGAUGUCUUCUGGAAGAGCACCGACAAAUGGCGCCAGGAGUGGCGAACGGCUCUUGGGGAAUCUCAAAUUGAUUUCAACUGCGAACCGGUUGCGCCUGCACGCAAUGUUGUUGCCCGACCUGUUCGCGACCUCUUCAUUCCCUCGGGUCAAUCUUUAACCGUUUAUGUGGGUUAUCCCGCCUGGUUGCGAAUCAUCGCGAGCAACAACGUGGUGCUUGCGGAUCUUGCAACUGAGCUGAUGUCUGAAACCUGGCUCGGCCCCAACACGUUACAGGGCGAAGUUGCGUUUGCAACACAGACACAGGCGAGGUUAAGCCGAGACAAGCUCCCAGAAACUUCACAUACCAUUCGCGCGCCGAUCACGAUCCAAAACGCCAGCCAGGAACAGCUCCAUAUUACCCGCUUGAGCAUUCCUGCUCCGGAACUUCCAGUUUUCCGAUGUGGCGGUCAACUGUGGUCCGCGCCCGUGUCUAUCGAGUGUGAAGAAACCUUAUCCGGAGCCCGCGUUGUCCUCGGUGACAGUGCGCCAGAUUUUCUGGAUUCAGCAGAGCGCAUGAGUGAUGCCCGAGUGACCGACAGCAGUAAAAAUAUGAGCUGGACAGACAUACCCUUUGACACCUUGUUUCGCGCGACGGUCAUGCUCGUUUCAGGGUGGAUAUUUGCACGGCUAGCGCGCCGCACAACCCGCCUGAUUCCUGCGGACGUGUUUUCGCCAAACUUAUUGUUGCUGAUACAACGUGGUUCCUUUUAUUUAGUCUUCGGCAUAUUUGCCGUCAUGGCGGUUCAACAGGCGGGUUUCGACCUCACGGUGUUGCUCGGGGCGGCAGGUAUAUUGUCUGUGGCAGUGGGUUUUGCAUCACAAACGUCUGCAUCAAAUCUGAUCAGCGGCCUUUUUCUCAUCGCCGAACGAGCAUUCGAAGUGGGCGACGCCAUAAAAGUAGGCGACAUCACAGGUGAAGUGCUUUCAAUCGAUUUAUUGUCCGUCAAACUGCGAACCUACGACAAUCUGUAUGUUCGCAUCCCCAAUGAAAAUCUGAUGAAAUCAACCGUAACCUCAUUAACCCGCCACCCGAUCCGUCGUUUCGACUUACAAGUGGGCAUCGCAUAUAAAGAAGAUAUCGCGCGGGCCAGAGACGUAUUGCUGAAGGUUGCCGCAGAAUUCCAUCUCUGCCUCGAUGAACCCGCGCCGCUCAUCAUCAUGCAGGGUUUUGGUGACUCAUCCAUCAACAUUCAGUUUUCUGUCUGGGCCGCUCGUGAAAACUAUCUGGCCCUGCGUAACGGCAUUUAUGAACGGGUGAAAACCGCCUUUGAUCAGGAAGGCAUCGAAAUACCCUUUCCGCAUCGAACGCUUUAUGCCGGCAGUGACACGCUGGCGAUGCCAGUGUCUAUCCAGACCAACAAUCAGAACGAUCACGCCAUCACCCUUUUUGAGCGUGAUAUCCCACCACCGGAGGGUGACGCCGAUCAGGCCUUUUUUGCCUGGCAGCGCCGUGGUGCAGCGCAGUUCCGUCACCCUCAUGCCUUCCUUGGUCUUAUGUGUUCGCUGCUUGAAGAGCAUCACCCAAGCCUGCUGGAAGAAUUUUUUGCAGCAGGGGCACGCCGGGUUAACUUUGAAGAUAUGGUGCCACCUCACCUGCUGCCGCACUACAAACCCGAACCGGGUGACGAGAAACUGUGGAUCCUGAUGUGCCGCCGCGCCACCAUCGAAACCGUGCUGCGGCGAUACGUCGAGCGCAUGAACAAUAUUGUCAUCCACAAUAAAACCUACAUCACUGGUGUGCGCACGGAACAGCAAGCCAAUGGUCUGCAUGUCACCGGUCUGGAACUCACGGAUCGCUCUGACAACAACAGCAGGUCCAUCUUUGAAGCCGACGUCUACGUGGACUCAACUGGACGCGCGUCCAAAUUCCGCAAGUGGCUGAUGGAUGCAGGGGCUGCUAUCGAAGAACAGCGCGAUGAUGCUGAAAUUGUCUACUACACGCGUCACUACAAGCUCAAUCCAGGCGUUAGUGAGCCUUCAAGACACGGCGAAGAUCCCGCCGCUGGUGACCUGGGGUAUAUGAAAUAUGGCGUAUUCCCAGGAGACAAUGGUCACUUUGCCAUCAUCAUCUGCAUUCCCAACGGCGAAUCUGAGCUGCGCGAAGCGGUCAAAGAAGGAGAUCGUUUUGAUGCCAUCUGCCGGACUAUCCCAGGCCUGGUGCCCUGGGUUGCACCCGACAAAGCCCAGGCGACCACCGAAUCAUUUGGCAUCGGUGAAAUCCACGCCGUGUGGCGCAACUUUGUGAAAGAUGGCCAUCCCGCUGCACACAACUUUUUUGCGGUCGGCGAUUCCUGCGCGCGGACCAACCCUCUGUACGGGCGUGGCUGCAGCAUAGGUAUUCUGCACGCCCAGAUUCUGGCUGAUGUACUCGCCAGCGAAACUGACAGUACCGCACGAGCACUGGCUUUCCAGAAGCUCACGGAAGAACGCAUAGGCCGCGACCUGGAUAAGCCCGACUCCCUGAAAAAAUGGUUUGGCAUGGCUUUUGGUGAUGCCCUGGCUGCGGCAGCCAAAGAUGAGAUUGAGGGUAAAGUUGUCAUCGUCACCGGUGGUUCACGCGGCAUAGGCGAGAUGAUUGCCGCAGGAUUUCUGGCCAAUGGCGCCAAGGUUUAUAUCAGCUCACGCAAAGCUGAGGCUUGCGAUGCAACCGCUGCACGUUUACAGAAAGAAUUUGGUGGGCAGUGCAUUUCAAUUCCAGGCGACAUGUCCACCCUCGACGGCAUCAAAGCAUUCUGCGAAGUAUUCAAGAGCAAAGAAAACCACCUGGACGUCCUCAUCAACAAUGCGGGUGUUGCCUGGGGUGCACCGCUUGAAGAAUUCCCCGAGAUCGGUUGGGACAAGGUCAUGAACACUAACGUCAAAGGUCCUUUUUUCCUGACUCAACAGCUGUUGCCGUUGCUGGAGAAAGCCACCAGCUUCGAUGAGCCAGCAAGAAUUAUUAAUGUCGGCUCCAUCGACGGCAUCAAGACACCGGUGUUUGAUAAUUUUUCCUAUGGCCCAUCAAAAGCCGCCAUCCAUCACUUAACCCGUGUGUUGGCUGCACAUCUGAUCAAACGCAAUAUUAUCGUUAAUGCCAUUGCGCCCGGACCUUUUCCAACCUACAUGCUGAGCACCGGCGUCGGUGGCGGCGGUGACACUGACACCACUGACUGGGAUGCGGUUGGCAAAGGUAAUCCGCGUGGACGUGUGGGCACACCUGAGGACAUAGCGGGCCUGGCAAUCUUUCUUGCUUCCCGCGCCAGCGGCUUCACUGUGGGAGAAGUCAUCACCUGCGAUGGCGGAUCAGUGGUUUCGUAA